GCUCUUGCGGGCCGCUGUGGUGUGGAGUGGUUUCUUGGCGUCCUUGGCUGCUGUUGGAAACCGACGACUACCAUAUCCAACCUGUGGCAUGCUGUUGGCUUUGGGCGGCCGGUGGGCAGCGGGCCUAUGGCCCGGCCGGACAAGGACAACGUGGUGUGCGGCGGCCGCGCUCCGAGGUUCCGGGAUCGCCUUCUGGCGUGCAGCCUCACGCACCGAGCCCGCGCUGCCACGGAGCGGCGGGCUCCUGCAUCUAGCCGAGCCUUGCGGGCCACCGGGGCGAGCGCAGAUACCUGUUUGUUGGGGACAGUGUACCUGCUGCUUACAUACACAAGUUGAUAAACCAGAAAAUGGCAGGCUGAUUUAUACUGGGAAUCUGUCCCGAAUGAUAUUUGGUGUGAAAUGUUUCUCUUAUUCUACAAGUGUGGUCAGCCUUGCAUUUUUACCAUACCUUCUCUCACAAAGUAAUGUGAUGUUUGGAAGUCUGCCUUUGCAAGUCUUAUUUUACGGAGUCAUGGGAAGCUUCACAGUGAUCACUCCCACGCUGCUUCACUUUCUUACAAAAGGCUAUGUCAUUCGGUUGUACCAUGAAGCCACAACUGACACUUACCGAGCCAUUACUUACAAUGUUGUGCUUUCGGAAACCAGCACAGUGUUUCACCAAGAUGACGUGACAAUUCCAGAGAGCGCACAUAUAUUCACCACUUUUUAUGCUAAAACAAAAUCACUACUAGUUAAUCCAGCACUCUUUUUAAACCCUGAAGACUAUUACCAUCUAAUGGGUUAUGACAAACCAUUCACUUUUAAUAUGGAAGAAGUCAGUGAAAAGAAACUGGAUGAGGGUGGAAAAUGAACCUGUUCUUGUUUGUGCUUAAAUGUCAUAUAUUUUCAAAGUAUAAUAAGAUUACCUUUAUUUUGCUAUUGUUAGUGAAUGAUUUAAACAAAACAAAACCAAGUGUAAGGGCUGAGGACACAUCAGUUGGUACUGUGUUUGUCAUAUGUGAGGCCCUAGGAUCAGCCUUCAUGUAACCAGAUGUGCUUCUAUACACCUAUAAUCCCAGCACAUGGGAGAUGGAGGUAGGAAGAUCAUAAAUUUGGGGUCAUCCUUGGUAAUGUAGUAGGUUUGAGGUCAGCCUGGACCUUGUCCUAAAAACAGAAGUUGAAACUAUCAAGCAGAAUUUCUGAAUAAUUUUUACAUGACAGUGUUCUUAUGUAAUAAAAUAUGUUUAAUUAAGAA